AUGUGCUGCAAUAUGCUGCAUUAUGUAACAAACCCAGGCUGUCUGACGCAAUAUGUAGCAAUGUACGAACCAAUCAUAUUUGACAGUUUUUCGCCGGUGCCCGCAAGAACCAAAAAAACUUCACUUGCACCACCACCAAACAAGAUACUUGAACGCACACAGCAGCCAAAGCACACCGUUACUCAGCUCCACGCAAUCCAACAGCAGAUCAUUACCAUGGGUGGCGGUCCUCAAGCGAAAACCUACAUGGGCUGGUGGGGCUCUCUAGGCUCCCCAGCACAGAAAUACAUUACUUCCUACUCCGUGUCGCCAUACGCGCAGAAGCCGCUCGCGAACAUCUUCCACAACGCUCUUUUCAACACCUUCAGGAGAGUCAGGGCACAGGCCCUGUACGUCCUCCUUCCUGCGGGCAUCUACUGGGCCUGGUGGGUGAACUGCAGAGACUACAACGAGUAUCUGUACACCAAGGCGGGCAGAGAAGAGCUGGAAAGAGUCAACAACUGA